UGUAUUGUUUGUGGAGUAGGAAUUUGUGUGUGGGGAGGGGGAGAAGUCCCCGCCCUGUGAGCUGUGCAGGAAGGAAGGCCUAGCAGGGAGACAGAGAUAGAGACAGAGAAACAGAGAGACAGAGAUCCGCAGGCAGAAGCAGAGAGAGAGAGGGCAGAGAUGAGGAAACUCAGUGCGUGUGGCCAGUGAAUAGGAAACUGCUGUAACAACAUUUAGAGCCCUUUUCAGGGUUUGGAAAGAACGGGGGAGCUUGUCAGGCUCUGAAGAUCAAAACGAGCUCUAUUUCUGGAAUGGGAGACUGAAGGGAGAUCUUUUGUGUUCCUGCGACUUACUAUUCCCGUGUAAAGACUCUCCUGGCUGCCACACUCUGUGUUUUGAUGCCACUAGUAUAAUGGUGACAUUCAGGAUGUGUGUUGCCUUGAUGAAACCAUUCUGCAGCCUACUGGCAUUCUGUGCUUUAGGUGUGCUUCAUCUGGCGCCCGUACAAGCAGAUGUCACAGCAUAUGCAGCUGACAAUGUAUCUCUGACCUUUGAUGACCUACCAGCUCGUUUUGGAUAUAGGAUCCCUGGUGACGGAUUAAAGGGAUACUUAGUGACCGCCAAGCCAGAGAAUGCAUGUCAACCAAUAUCUCCACCACCAGUCUUGCGAGACAACACAUCUAGAGUUUUCAUUGUACUCAUCAAGCGAUUGGAAUGUAACUUUGACCUCAAGGUGCUGAAUGCCCAGAAAGCCGGCUACAAGGCUGCUGUUGUUUACAAUGUGGACUCCGAUGACCUUAUCAGCAUGGGAUCUAAUGAUGUUGAUAUUUUGAAGCAGAUAGACAUUCCAUCUGUGUUUAUUGGGGAGUCUUCAGCACAUUCUUUAAAGGAAGAUUUCGCUUGGGAAAAGGGCGGCUACAUUGUGCUAGUCCCGGAUCUCACCCUGCCAUUGGAAUACUACUUGAUACCAUUCCUUAUCAUAGUGGGAAUCUGCCUUGUGCUAAUUGUCAUUUUCAUGAUCACUAAGUUUGUGCAAGAUAGGCACAGAGCAAGAAGGAACAGACUUCGUAAAGACCAACUGAAAAAGCUUCCUAUACAUAAAUUUAAGAAAGGAGAUGAGUAUGAUGUGUGUGCAGUUUGUCUGGAUGAAUAUGAGGAAGGGGAUAAGCUGAGAAUCCUCCCCUGCUCCCAUGCCUAUCACUGUAAGUGUGUUGAUCCAUGGCUAACCAAGACAAAGAAGACAUGCCCUGUGUGCAAGCAGAAGGUUGUCCCCUCCCAAGGAGAUUCUGAGUCUGAUUCAGACAGCAGCCAAGAAGACAACGAAGUCUCUGAAAACACCCCAUUGCUCCGACCCAUGGCAUCUGCCAGCACUCAGUCUUUUGGAGCUAUCUCUGAAUCUAACUCACAGCAAAACGUGAUGGAGUCUUCGGGUGAAGAUGAGGAUGACGAUGAUGACUCUGAUAGCAGCGAUGAGGAGCACAACACUGGAAGUGUUGUGGUUCAGUUGCAGCACAACAUGGAAAGGAACACUGUGUGAUUAGCCACACAUUGGCAGCAUUACUACAUUCAUAUAUCAGUAAAGAAAAGCCGUUGCCAUUUGCUUAUCCCAGUUAGGGAGCCAUUUAUGACUUUAGAGAAAUUACACAUUUCUUUUCAGAAAAACCCUCAACUUUUAAUGAUGCCUGUUGGCUCCAUAAUAUUUCCGAUGCAACAGUGCUUCUUAUAGAUUAAGUAUAUCAAUUGUUUUAAUGCAGCUGCUAAAUACCAAGUCAAUCAGCCCUGUUUAGUUAGACACUACACUAAAAACAGGGCAAUAAGAACCAUCAUCACCUGCAAUGGUAUUCUGGGCACCCAAACUUCUGGUGUAGAUGGACUUGGGCUGAUAUGGCCAUAACCAGAAAGGAGGCUUCCUCUGCCUUACUAUGGCUAGUGAAAAAGAGAUGGAGGACAUGUCCUGGUGACAUUGAAACCACAAGAGCCCUAGUGGUGUCUGAUAUGGGCAAGAAGAGGCCACAUGCAAGUAGAUGAUAUAAUAUAGAUUUUAAAAAACAACGCAAUUUUUUUUGAUUAUUUAUGAUUCAGUGUAGUUCUCUGUAUGGAAUAAACUGGAGCAAAUCUAAAAUGUGAACACACAGAAGUGUUUUGUUCAUACUAUAAAAAAGAAAAACUCUCUGGUAGAGAAUAUAUAUGGGGAUUUUUGUUUUGUUUUCAGCUUUGUACAGUUUCUCUUCAUUUAUGCACUUUAGGAAUAAAGCUUAUACACUUGUACCUAUGAUUAAAGCCAAGCUUACCUUACCUGUGUAGAAAGCCUCAAGACGGAUGUACAGUUCACCAAUUUUGUAUCGCUGAGAGUAAAAUCUAAAAAUAAAAUGUGGUUUCACACUUGAA